AUGGCUUCCAACCCUCCAGGGUCUUGUUGUUACCAUGGCGUCAAGCAUGAGGGCGAAGCAGUGGGUCAGAUGGGGAAAAUUGGAGACGUGGAAACAUACUUCUCUUAUCCGAGCAACAAGUCAACAGAGAAGGCCAUCUUACUGCUUCCUGACGUGAUCGGUCACGGCUUCAUCAACGCUCAACUCAUCGCCGACCAAUUUGCAGCAAAUGGCUACUUCGUCGUGAUGCCCGAUGUUUUCCACGGUGAUCCUGUGCCACUGAACAAAGCUGAGGACUUUGAUUUCAUGCAAUGGCUCAAAGGUCACCAACCCUCCACGGUUGACCCCGUCGUCGAAGCCGCUUUGGCGGAGAUGCGGGAGAAGCUGGGUUGCAAACGAAUUGGUGCUGUAGGCUACUGCUUUGGAGCCAAGUAUGUUGUUCGACAUUUGAAGCCUGACCAGGGAAAGAUCCAAGUGGGAUAUUGUGCGCAUCCGAGCUUUGUAGAGUCGCAGGAAUUGCAGGGGAUCCAGGGUCCAUUCGCCAUUAGCGCUGCGGAGACCGACACCAUCUUCCCAGCAGAGAAGCGGCACGAAUCUGAGGAGAUCUUGAAGAAGACAGGCCAGCCAUAUCAGAUCAACCUCUACAGUGGUGUGGAGCACGGAUUCGCUAUUCGUGCUGCCCUGGAUAAAAAAGUAACGAAGUACGCGAAAGAGAAUGCCUUUUUGCAGGCUGUCCAGUGGUUUGAAGAGCAUUUGUAG